AUGCGUUCCAACACCUUCGUCUCAAUCGUAUGUUUCCUGUUCCUGCUGGGAACUGUCUCAGCCUGGCCAUGGGGCUUGGACGCACUCCACGGUGGCAUCGUCAAGAGAGCCGAAACUACCGCCGCUGACAGCGCGACUACCGGUGCCUCUCCGACGACGGGUCAGACCGCAGCGAAAACCGACUCCGCAACCGACUCUGCCACCGACACCCAAAGUGCUAAGACCGGCAAGCAGACCGCCACGAAGACGGGCACUGCCACCGGCAAAUCGUCCCACACCGGCAAUUCCACCACCUCGAUCUCUGUCGACCCUCGCAUGCCUGCGGGUGGUAUCUCCAUGCUUACACCGACCGCCGGCUCCACGACCUACUACAAAGUCGGCGAGUUUGUGACGUUUGCCUGGAACUACACUUCCCUCUCUGUGACUCCCUCCGCCGUCAAUGUCAUCGCGUCUUGCAGCUUGAACAGUGCUACAUACACUAUCUCUAGCAAUAUGAGUGUGCAGGAGACCGGAAAGGUUGUGUGGGAUACCGCCAAGUACCAGGCCAAUGCGACUGUGCCCCUUUUGACCGCCACCUACACUCUGUUCGUCUACGACGUGGACAGCGAGCCGGGUGACACCGCGGACGCGGGACACCUGGGCUCGCAGAAUGGGUACAAUUUCGGAAUGUACCUCCCGCAGUCUUACACUCCUCUUAAUCACUACUACUGCGCUACCUGCAACAGUGCGUUCUCUGAAUCUGAACGACAGGCCGUCAAGUUCGCUGUCGGCAUGGCCUCCAUCACCAUCGCUUCGUUCACCUGGUUUGUGGUGGGAACGGGCGUUUUCUCCACGUAA